AUGUCUGCGGUUGAGGUUGACCUAGUCCCCCAAGGGACAGCAUAUGGCUUGCUUAUCGGUCUCGGCGUUCUCUUCUGCGGGGUGAUUCUCAUCGCUAUCAAAGUGCAGAAGGCCUACCUCUCCGAGGAUUCCGCGACCUCGGAGAUGUUUAUGGUCGCCAACAGAUCCGUCGGGACAGGACUGACAGCCUCGGCGGUCUUCUCAUCAUGGAUGUGGAUCAAUGAGACGGUUCUGUGCGCCGCCAUGUGUUACAGAUAUGGAUUGGCAGUACCCUUGUGGUGGGGAUCGGGUCUCUGCUUCCAGAUUGCGCUCAUGGCUGCGCUUGGAGUCAUGGCCAAGAUCAGAGUGCCCUAUGCUCAUACUUCCCUUGAGAUUAUCAAAAUGCGAUACGGCACAAUCGGUCAUCUUGUAUUCAUUGUCUUGAACUUGGUGAACAACGUCUUUGGCUGCGCUUCCAUGAUCCUCACAGGAUCUCAACUGGUAUCUGGAGUUUCUGGCAUGCACUUCGUCGCCGCCACCAUCUUGAUUCCCUUGGGAGUUGUCUUGUACACUGCUGUUGGUGGUCUCAAAGCAACCUUCCUAACAGAUUUCCUGCACACAGCUGUCGCCCUAGUCCUCAUUAUUUACUUCACCUUGUCCGUGUUGACCAACGAGCAUAUCGGCGGACUGGGCGGCCUUUACGACAAGGUGAUGGCCACGGCCAGCGAGAACUAUAUCCAGGACAACUACGAGGGAUCACUGCUCACGAUGAAGUCCAAGGGAGCCAUUAUCUGGGGUCUCACUUUGAAGUUCGGAAAUCUGGCUCUUGUCGUCAUGGAUACUGCCUUCUGGCAAAAGUCUUUUGCUAGCGAAGUCAAUUCAACCGUGCCGGCAUAUAACCUCGCCGCAGUCGCCGUGUUCGGGAUCCCAUGGGGCUUAGGAACGGUCCUUGGUCUAUCUGCCAGGGCACUUCACCUCACGCCCAUAUUCCCAACUUAUCCCGGGGACAUCACUGAGACACAGGUAUCAACAGGUCUGGUAAUGCCAUUCCUCGUCAAAGCUCUCAUUGGCAAAUCUGGCAUCGUGGCGUUCUUUGUCCUCUUGUUUAUGGCUCUGACAAGCACUGUGUCGUCUUCCAUGAUUGCAGUCAGCAGUAUCCUCUCGUUUGACAUCUACAAGACGUACUUCAACCCCAAGGCAACAGACAGGAAGCUACUCAAAGCCAGUCAUAUUACCGUGGUGAUCCACGCUAUCUUCAUUACCGGCAUUUCAAUCGCCUUGAACUACGGCGGUGCCAACAUGACCUGGCUUGGUUACUUCCGACCAGUUAUUUCCUGUCCUGGAAUCAUACCUCUUGGUCUUACUCUCUUCUGGAGCCGUCAGACCAAACUGGCUGCGAUUCUCGCUCCUGUCUUAGGAUUCUUUACAGGGCUCGCAAUCUGGUUGGGCACCGCGCAUGCCCUAUAUGGCGCAGUGAACAUGACAACAACAGGAAAUCCCUUGCCCGCUCUCUACGGAGCCAUCGGGUCUUUUUUCUCUCCGGCUAUCUACUCGGUCCUGAUAUCUCUCUACAAGCCCUACAAGUUCGACUGGCGUGUCUUCCUCCGCAUAGAACUGGCUGACGAAGCCCAGCUUCACAGCCCUGACAAGUCAACAGCAACGAUCACCGAGUCAGAAGUAAAAGAGAAAUCCGGCACCCAAACGCCAAAAUCUGACGCAACCACAGCCGCAACUGCGGAUCCCGAACACACUGGCGCCCACGACAAACCCAUCUCUUCCUCCAGAGCGGCAUCAACUCCCCCGUCCGAACUGAGCCUAGACGACAUCCGCCACCCCUUCGAUGAGGCAACCCUGAAAGAGCUGAACCGGUGGAUGAAGAUUGCCUGGGUAAUCUUCGUUGUCAUCGUUCUGGUUACCUUCGUCCUCUGGCCGAUGCCACUGUACCGCAACUACAUCUUCACUAAGUCGUUUUUCUCGGGUUGGGUAUCUGUCGCUAUCGUCUGGCAGUUCUUUGCUUUCUUCGCUGUUGUAAUCUACCCGCUCUAUGACGGACGAUAUGAGAUUAAUAAGGGUGUCAGGGGAAUGUGGAGGUCUACGAAUGAGUUUCUGGGGAAGAGGGGCUCGAAUUAA